AUGGGUCCAUGGGUCCAUGGGUCCAUGGGUCCAUGGGUACAGAAGUACAGGGGUGCAUGGGUCCAUGGGUACAGGGGUACUGGGGUCCAUGGGUACAGAAGUGCAGGGGUCCAUGGGUACAGGGGUACAGGGGUACCAUCUCCUGUAGAUGACGGCGAUGUUCUGUGCAGGUCUGCAGCAGAGAGUUUGGAGGCGGCCCUCAACACGCUGUCUCGUUCUCUGGAGAGUAACUGUGAGGACCCGGAGGUGUGGACUCACUACCUGCUCCUGUUCCGGCGGCGAGGCAGCAGGGAGGAGGUGCAGGAGAUGUGUGAGAUGGCGGUGGAGCACGCUCCUCACCACAGCGUGUGGUGGACGUAUCUGGGCCUGGAGAGCUCCUUCGAGGGCAAAGACUACGUGUGUGAGCGCCUCCUGCAGUUCCUCCUCUCCGAAGCGUCUGCUGCCGUCACUGACAGACUCUCCUUCCAGCUGAUGGAGGCGCUGCUCUACAGAGUGCAGCUCCACCUGUUCACCGGCCGCACCCAGAGCGCCCUCGCUAUCCUGCAGGUGAGUGCUCACACGCACAUCA